AUGAAAGCAUUCAUUCUUACAGCUUUUGCUGUACUUGUAUCAUGCUGCGCAGCUCAAAACUUUUUCGAAGCGGCCGACUUCAACGUUACUGAAGCUUUGCUGCAACAAGGAGUCGAUAUUUCCGCAUUACCCGGCCUUGCUGCAUUAGUGGAGCGAUCAACUGAUCAAGCCUGCUCCGUUGCUUGCCAUUCCUUAAGCAUUUUGCCUGGCUUCACAGUAUUCUUCGACAAUUCUACCACCUACACCAACUUCACCAAUGCCUACUGGUCAGCUCAGCAGGCUGAGGUCAACCCAUACUGUAUCGUCAAACCUUCAAAUGCUCUACAAGUCUCAAACAUUGUUCUGAUAUCACGUCUCACAAGAUGUCCGUUUGCUGUCAAGGGUGGCGGACACGCCGCAUUCCAGGGGGCUUCAAGCAUUGAUGGAGGCAUCACCGUCGCCUUGGAAAAUCUAAAUGAGAUAAAGGUUGCUACCGAUAAAAAAAGUGUAUUUGUUGGUCCAGGAAACCGCUGGCUAGGGUUCUACACAGAGCUUCAGAAGCACGGGCUAGCUGUUGUCGGAGGCCGAGUCAAUGAUAUCGGUGUGCCAGGACUCACAUUAGGGGGAGGUAUUAGCUUCUUUGCGAACAUUCGAGGUUGGGCAUGCGACAAUGUUGAGAGCUAUGAGCUUGUCACAGCGUCCGGCUCAAUCAUCAACGUGACUCAAAAGUCGUACCCGGAUCUGUACUGGGCUCUUCGCGGGGGCGGCAACAACUUUGGUAUCGUGACCAAGUUUCAGCUACACACAUUUCCCAUGGGCAAGAUGUGGGGCGGAUCAAAGUUGGUUCCUAGUUCUGACUACGAGAAAGCUCUUGAUGCUACCUACAAAUUUGGCGCCACCGGUGCAGCCAACGACACUAAAGGUUCACAGAUCAUCUCAUUUGGAUAUCAGGCCGGGUUCGGACCAUUGGCCCAGGCAUUCUUGACCUACGCUGAGCCAAACGAAAACCCCGCAAUGUUUAACGACUGGAAGAACAUUUCAACGAUCGUGGACACUACCGGGAUACAGACGCUCCCAGAGCUCACCAGCCUCCUGAGCGAAGGCAUUCCAGAUGGCGUACGCGAAACUUACUGGGAUGUCUCGUUCAAGCUUGACCGUUCGCUCCUCAGCUUCGUCGUUAAUACAUUCAACGAGCUUCUUCCUGAUAUCCUCGAUGCAAAGGACCUGCUACCCACCAUCUCCAUUCAGCUUAUCACCAUUCCACAGCUGCAGCAGAUGAAGAAGCACGGUGGUAACGCCCUUGGCAUCAGUCCGGCUGACGGCCCGCUGUUCAUGAUAAAUCUGGCUACAAUGUGGACCAAUCCUGCCGACGACCAUCGUAUAUUAAAGUUCAGUAAUGAUAUCAUCACGAAGACCAAGGCUGAAGCGGUGAAGAAGGGACUGGAUAACGAUUUUAUCUAUAUGAAUUACGCAUCGCCGUACCAGUCCGUCAUCUCGAGCUAUGGAGCCAAGAAUCAAAAGAGAUUGCGAUCGGUGGCGAAGCGGUUCGAUCCCACCGGGGUGUUUCAAGAGCUUCAGCCUGGUUACUUCAAGCUUGACGGCGGGGCGCCAUUUGGAGCGUUCCAGUAG